AUGUUCACCAUCUGGUCCGCCAUCGCACUCCUUAACACUCUUCCCAGAAUCAUAAGUGGCCUUCUUGCAGUAUACGACUUUUAUCACAACCCACUCAGCUACAUCCUGCCUUUCUUCGGCGUCGUACCCGGCCAACUCACGCCAUUCCGCACCCUGUUCAUGGGCCUUACGAUUCUUUUGUUUAUGAUAAUAUUCAUAUAUGUCAUCUUGGAUUACGUCAUUCGGGGUGCGGUACUCUUGGCCAAGAAGCUGUUGUCCUUUGUAUGGACACUGUAUUUAAAUCCGUUCUGCCUAGCGGUUCUAUAUGCUAUUCCAUUGGGAAUUGCGAUUCGAUUACUGGAGUUGUACAUGUAUGAGUCUUCGAUGGGAGCUAAUGUAAAUAUAGCAAUCAAUGGCUUAUUUGGUAGUGGGGCUGAUGCUGCCAAUGAGCUACCCUGA